GCUCACAAGUGUUGAGCUUGCGCUGCUUGAUAUCGUCAUCAUCAUCGAUAGGUCGGUCGGCGAUAUGCCACGUCUAGAGUAGACUCGACACCAAGUAUAGUGAGCACACUGUGGAUCGUUGGCGUGGGCCACAAGCUGUACUCGAUGUCAUCGCCUCGAUUUUGCUGACCUCUCAUUCUCUAUAAGAAACGUGCAUCUGCUCUUCCUUCAAGUCUCACCUUCAAUUUGUCCUUACGCCUGACAGUCGUUUACCUGUCGCAAAGGAGCUUCCAAUAUGAAGUACGCUUUCGCUUCCGUCGCAUUCGGCCUUGGUGCCAACGCCCUCGUUGCCCGUGAGGCUUCUCAGUGUGUUCAACUGAAGGCUUCCGGUGGCCAGUCCGGAGUUUUGGGCCAGCUCGAUGACGGUCAAAACCGGGUCCAUGGUGGUCACCCUACCGGCUGCUAUUGCCUGAGCAAUGGUGGCUUUACCGAUUCAAAUGGCCGUGGCUGUAUUCUCACUCCCCCAACAACGCAGUUUCAAUGCGAUGUCGGUGCUAGCCCUACGACUGGUUUUGCUGUUGGAUCCAGCGGGUCCAUUACCUACAAUGGAAGCUCCAAGUUCUACGCUUGCCCUGCUUCAGACACCGAGUACAAUGUCUACACUACACCUGUAUCUGGACAGGACAAGUGUGUCGAGAUCUCUUUAAGCUCUGCUGGAUCUUGCGGAGCAGAGUCUGGACAGUUCAGUGCACCUGCAGCUUCGCAACCUGCAAAGAGCGCUGCUACUCCUCAACCUUCUCAACCUGCUCCCAAGCCAUCACAACCCGCCCAGAGUUAUCCUGCGCAAAGCCAACCUGCCCAGAGUCAGCCCUCACCUAAGCCAUCUCAGCCUGCACAGAGCGGUCCUGCCCCUACGCCUUCGCAGCCCACGCAAAGUUAUCCUCCCCAGAGCCAGCCUGCACCUAAGCCAUCGCCGUCGGCGCAGAAUCCAUCGCAACCUGCGCAGAGCGCUCCUGUUCCUAAGCCUUCGGCUCCAGCGCAGAGUGCACCAGCUCCGUCUCCAUCCGCUCCCGCUCAGUCUGGCAACAAGUGCCCCACUGAUCUAAACGGUGCCUAUCAAUUCCCUCACUUGAUUAUCCCUGUCGACUCCGAGCAGUCUUCGAAGGCCUUUGGUACCUCUUACAAUGGUAAAGUCGACAGCCACACUUGCUCGAUCUUCAACUUCGAUAUCCCCACUUCGUACUCUGGGAAGACUUGCUCAGUAGUCUUCCUUUUCCCCGAGCAGAAAGAUCUCGAGACUUCUUCCUUCACAGUAUCUGGCACUGGUCCGGUGAGCUUCACCAAGCUCAAGGGCCCUGCCAGCCAGCAGACAACCUGGGCCAACCAGCCUGGCAAGGAUUACGAUCUCGCUUCCAUUGAAAUCACCCCUGGAAACUCGUACUCCAUUGCUUCAGGUGACUGUGCCGCUGGUCAGACUGUCAGCUACGAGAUCUGCAGCGAGGGCGAUUUUGCUCUCGACUACUUCCAGGAUUACAACCCUAGCCCCCUUGGCUUGUAUGUCCGCCAGUGCUAAGCGCACUGCACU